GCGCCGCGCCGGCCGCCGGGUGUGAGAAAAGUUUGCCGAACGAGAAACGAUAUAAACGCAUUUUUCUCCGAUGCUGCGCGGCCGCCUCAUCAUCCAAGAUGCAACGGAGGAAAAUUCGUUGGAUUAUUCAGGUACCGGAGGAACCGCGGCACGUUGAGACCGUCGAGCAGCAAAUCUCAAGUACGAAAGAUGAGCGAGAAGACGUGCAAAAGAAGACGUUCGCCAAAUGGAUAAAUUCGCAGCUUCUCAAGAAUCAACACGAUCCGAUCAGCGAUCUGUUCAUCGACUUACGAGAUGGAAAUCGCUUGCUGUCACUCCUGGAAGUGCUCACUUCUAAGACUUAUAAAAGAGAACGCGGUCGGAUGCGAGUGCAUCAUCUCAAUAAUGUUAAUAAAGCGUUGCAAAUUCUUGAACAAAAUAACGUGAAACUUGUCAAUAUUAGUAGCAAUGACAUUGUCGAUGGUAAUCCUAAAUUGACACUUGGUUUGGUGUGGAGUAUUAUUCUUCAUUGGCAAGUACAUUAUCAUUUGAAAGAUCUAAUGACAGAAUUACAACAGACCAAUUUAGAAAAAACACUUCUUACUUGGUGUCGUCAAAACUCACAGAAUUAUCCUGGUGUUGAUAUUAAAAAUUUUACAACGUCUUGGUCGGACGGCUUAGCGUUUAACGCAAUCUUACAUAAAUGGAAACCUCACUUGUUUGACUUCAAUAAUAUCGCGCGUAAGCAUCCAAAUGCUAGAUUGGAUCAUGCUUUUCGGCUCGCACAAGAACAUCUUGGUAUUGAACGUCUUUUGGAUCCCGAAGAUGUCAAUACUUCAGUACCGGAUAAAAAGUCCAUAAUGAUGUACGUUAUGUGCCUCUUUCAAUCGUUACCACAUUCGGGGGACGACAUUGGUGAACUAGAUCUUUCAAUCGCAAGUGACAGCACUCCAGUUAGUCCCGUUACAACACCAGGCACAGAGACUACUUUAACGUUCGGCAAUUUCGGAAUGCCAGCAUCUCGCCCGAUGAGUUUAGCUACAAAUGUUUCCGUCGAGCUUGGCGGCUAUCAGGUUGCGCUUGAAGAUGUUCUAACGUGGCUUUUGGAAGCAGAAGAUAAAUUGAAUCAUGCCCCCGAGCCGGGCUCGACUCUAGACAUACUGAAACAACAAUUCCACGAGCAUGAAACCUUCUUGAUGGAACUAUCCGGUCAUCAAGAUGGAGUAGGAACUGUUCUGGAGGAAGGUGCAAGAUUGUUAGCUGAAGGCGGAUUGCAUAAAGAUGAAGAGCACGAAGUUCGUGUGCAAAUGUCUUUACUAAAUUCUCGUUGGGAAGGACUUCGAAUGCGCGCCAUGGAAAGGCAAACAAGAAUUCACGAAGUCUUGAUGCAAAUGCAACAGGCUCAGUUAGAUGCGUUACGACAAUGGUUGACAAUAACUGAAGAUCGAAUUUCGUUGAUGGCAGCAACCGAAUUAAAUCCAUCAACCGUCGCGGAACAACUGAAACAUCUUAACGAAUUAGAACAAGAUAUUCAUGCGCAACAAGACGUAGUCGACGGUAUGAGGAACAUGGUGGUGGUUGUGGACGAAGAAAAUUCCGAGGCUGUUUAUGCGCAAAUGGAAGACCAAUUGUCUGCUCUCGGUGAACGCUGGAGUCACAUCUGCCGGUGGAAAGAGGAGCGGCGCCAGCGAUUGGAAUCUUUAUCUACGUUUUGGCAAAAUAUUACUGAUGAUUACAAAAGGCUGGUAGCAUGGUUGAACGAAACAGAAAUUACACUAAAGCAAAUGGAAGCUAACCCGGCAUCCGAAUUUGGCGAAGUAUUAGACAGAAUAAAGAAAUUGCAAGUUCUUAAAGCAGAAAUGGAUAUAAAUCAGAAGAAAUUAACAUCUCUACAAGAAUCAAUUCAGGAUUUAGAUGGUAACAGCUCGUCUUUAGAAUACGCGGAUAUUUUGGAAAAGAUCGAAAAUCUGCAAGAUCGAUGGGAAGCCGUUGGACAAAUCAUGGAAGUACAAUCCCAAAGGAUAACAAAUUCUGGAUUUGAGUUCGAUUUAAAAUCCAAAGAGAACAUAACAACUAUUAAAGGAAACGAAUGGAUGUCCGAAACGGUAACAAGUAUAGCAUAUAAAGAAGAGAUUACUGCAACAUCAACACCACAUAGUGAUUCAAAGAAACGGCGUGUUGAUAAUACUACUAAACAUGAGUUUGAAUCGGCAUUACUUCAACUAUAUAAAUGGCUGGAUUACGUCGAUUUAGAAAUUGGCCGUUCGGAAGGAAUGUUUGACGAAUUAAGCGUGGAAGAGAAGAAAGUUGUCUAUAAAGAUACUCUUACAGAUAUGGAUUCGCAUAAAAAUGAAUAUGAUAAAGUUCUUGAAAUUGGUAAACGACUUAUCGAUGAAUUAAAAAAUGCGAACGAGUCCACUGAAGAAGAAGAAUCCAAGAUUAAAGACAUACAAAAUUGUUGGACAGCGACAAAUAAUCGUCUUCAUGAGAUAAAGAGACGCAUAGAUUAUCUGGAGGAAGUAAAGAAAUUCCGGACUGAACUAGCUAGUCUAAAUUUGAUGUUGGAAAGUUACACCAAGUGGUUUGAUACAAAUAAAGAAAACAAUCAAAUAGAACCAUUUAGGGUUAAAAUAAAAUCAAUGAAAUCCCAUGAUGAGCGCAUAAGAAAGAUACUUGAAAAAGCAAAAGAAUUGUCAGAAAAUCAAGUUGCUGUUACAGAAACUACUAAUAUGGACGCAGACGUAAAAACUUUUUUGACUAAGUGGGAGAAUUUGUAUGCAAUGUUAUCCGAACGAUUGACUGAAAUAACUAAUUCCAUUGAUCGAACACCGCCUAAAAAAUACAUUGAGGCAGUCACCAAUCUGAUAUCGUUUAUUAAUAAUGUGGAAAGUGUUCUAUUGUCAGAACAUAUAAUUAUGUCAGACGAGAAAAUUAUGGAAGAGCAAAUAAAAAGAUUUAAAGAUAUACAAAGCUCGUUAAAAGAACAGGAAGAAACUUUCAAAUAUGUUAACUCUACUGGACAAGAUUUAAUAGCGAAGAUAAAUGAUGAUUCUUCAGGACAGCGACUUAAAGAUGAAUUGCAAGAUUUAAAUACUAAAUGGAGUGAUAUUCCUAUCAUUUUGGAAGAGAAACAACAGACUCUUACCAAAAAUAUUACAAUUUUGCAAACGUUUAAUACUGAACAUUCUACUUUUGAAUCUUGGUUGGAAAAAUCAUUAUUGUAUCUAGAAAAUUUAUCUAAAGACAACAUUAUGGAUAAUGUCGAAAAAAUGGAGCAUAAAUUAGAGCAAAUUCGUUUGUUUUCUCAAGAAAUAGAUAAAACAAAACCGCAAUUAGAAGCACUUCGAUUAUUGGCAAAUAGAAUACUCGAAAAAUCUGAACCUAAUUUUGCAAGCCUGUUAAAUAGCAAAUUGGAAGCUGUAACAUAUAAAUGGAACACAAUUGUUAACGAGGCUAAAAGUUUAAAUGACAAAUAUGAGAGUACUUUAAAGAAAAAUGAUAACAUUAUUAAUGGUAUAGAGGAUUUUACAAAGUGGCUGUCAAGUUUAGAAAAGGAGAUACCAAUAGAGUCAAGAAUAACAUCUUCAGUUGAGCUGUUUCAAGUUCGUGGUCGAUAUCAAGCGCUGAAAGACAACAUUGACAAACGAGUGGAAGAAUUUAGAAACUUGAACGAAAUGGGAAAUGAUAAACUAUUAAGUUCAGAAGGAUCAUCCGUUCAAGAACUUGGUAGACGCUUCACUUUCUUAAAUGCACGAUGGACGGAUGUUACAGAUCGUAUAUACGAACGCUAUAGACAUUUACAAAAUGCUAGUCAUGAGUACGGGGAAUUUCGUGCUUUAGUGGCACAAGAAAGUGAUUGGUUGGAUAAGUUAGACAAGCGAUUAAAAAAAUCGCCUAAAACUGCUGCAGACGCCGAAGAAAUUUCGGAAGAGCUGGAUGAUUUAGAAAAUUACAUACGAAAUCAUCCGGAAUCUAGACUUGAGAAAAUUCAAGAAAUUGGUAAACAACUUAUUGACAGUAAUAUUAUGACUCAUUCUAUUGAAACAGACGUAGAGGGAUUAACAAAUCGAUGGGAAAACUUAAACAAGCAGGCAGGGCAACGGGCCAAGCUGUUGGAAGGAUCAGUGAAGCAAGCCCAACAAUCGGAAGGGCGUAUCCUUGCCCUUCAGCAUUCUUUAACACAAAUAGACUCCGUACUAACUGCACGUCUUGAUUGCGACCUCACUGCUGAUGAUUUGCCUCACGAUUACCAGAAAUUAAUGGAAGAAUUGGAACAACAGCGUGCUACGCUCGAGGAAAUGGCAUCACAAAUUGAAUCGUACAAAGCUUCUGGUAAACAAGAAGCGGCACUUCGACUCCAAGAACAAAUGUCCCUAAUUGAACAGAAAUAUGUUAAAGUGCAAAGAAAGUUUCAACGCUUUCGUUGUCCGACCAAUAUAGAACCUAGAUUAUCGAGAGCUUUACGAGAACUCAGGGGAAUAGAAGAAGCAACUUGUUUGCUAGAAUUAUCAUCGGCAGAUCCCGAAGUCAUCGAGGGUCAAUUAAAACAUUGUCUGCGUUUUUAUCAGACUUUAAGUGAGAUUAAAAGUGAAAUUGAAUGUAUAAUCGUAACUGGAAGAAAAUUAGUCGAAGAUAAAGCGGUUCCCGAACCAGAUAAAUUUUCAAAGCGAAUUGACAUGUUAAAGGAAUUAUAUAAUAAGCUUGGUCUUCACAUAACGGAAUUUAAAUCUAUAUUAGAAUCGGCAUUAGAUUUAUCACGCGACAUGCAUAAAAAUAUGGCGUAUGUUAAUAUGUCUAUCGAAAGCAUAAAUAAGGAACUAGAUACGCAAAAAAGCAUGCCCGAUUUGCCGGUAAAUGCGAUAUAUGUACGAGAGACUCUAACUGAAGUAAUCCCGCGUCUCAAUGUUAUAAGAGACAAAUUAUUUGUAUCGCAAAACCAAUUCUCAAAAUUAUGCGAUCCUAUGUAUCUUAAGGAAAAAAUGUCCGAUGUAAUUAUGAGAUUAGCUAAUACAGAAAAGAGAUUGCGACUUUGUCAAGGUUCAGAGGAUGAACCUAACGUUGACGAAAUAAAUGCGUGGCUUCUACAAGUUGAAGAGAAGUUAAAUAAAUUAGAUGCAGUUCCAAUUGAUCAACUUACAGAACAUCACUUUGAACAGUGCAAGGCUGUGCAAAGUGAAAUGAUAGAAGCAAAACCGAAAGUUAAUCAGCUUCAACGUUAUGCGUUUUAUCCCCAAGUAGCCGAAGUAUGUGAAAAAUGGGAAGACAUCUCUAACAGAAUACAAGAAUGGAUCCACAAAAUCACAGACAAUUUGUUAAUAAAAAGUAAAGCAGAAGCUUCUAAGGGGAGAGACAAUUUUGGACGCAAUAAAUUAUUUAAACAGCUGGAACAAACUUCCGCACAUCCUGCCAAAAAAGAAAACAAAUUAAUAGAUGAGAAUAAUGAAAUUUACGGGAUAGGAUAUUUUAAUCCUGCAUUUGAUGAUAAUCAAUGUGCUGUUGUUAAUACGCCUGAAAGCUCGCCCACUGAUGUGCCUCAUCGAAGCAGGAAGUCUUCCGCUAAGUCGGAAAAAGUAAAAACUAGAAUUGUUGACGUUAGUAGAACGGUUAGACGCAAAUUAGACAUGAGUUCCGUCCCCGAUGUUGUUCAAACAUCUCAACCACAAGUUGUUCAGAUUGACGACGACUUGUCUUCACCCUGUUCCGAUACGGACAUGCAUGUGACUGAUGAGGAAGAAUUCUUUCUGUCCAAAAACAGUAAAUUAUUCUCUCAGGUAUCUAGCAAUACUUUGACAGCAACAGAGACGAAGAUGGACUUUAGCGCAGCUUGCGCACAGCAGAACCCAUUUCGAAUUGUAGAAGUGAAAGAAAUGGAAAUUGUAAAAUCAAUAGCGUCACCCGAAGAUCAUGUAAUCUUGCCGAGUGCUAAUGUCAGUGUCGGAUUGAUGCCGCAAGUAGUCGAAAGGGUGGAAAUUGUUGAAGAUACCGAGACAGAGGCUGAAUCGAUUGAUACUGAUACGGAAGACAAGGAAGUUAAAGGAAAAACAUCUUCUACCAGUACUGCGGAACAGAUUGUUAAGAAAAAAGAACUUGUGCCAAUUUUAAAAAAGAAAGCUUCAAUUGAACCUUCUGCGCGAAAUAUUAAAAGACUCAUACUAAAGUUAGAUUUAGACACUGAUCAGGAAACUGUUACCGAUUCGAAUAAAAGUACAUUUUCUAACGAUGCACUAUUAAGAAAGGAAGAGGUCGACGCAGGAUUUUCAAAUGCUGAAUGUAGUAAGGUAGAUCAACAAUUAAAAGAAAGAUCAAAUAAAUCACCUAAGAUAACAUCCUCAUGGAAAGAUAUAGAGAGUGUAGCGGAGUAUCUUAUAUUAGAUGAUAACGAAGAAAUUGAGAAAUCUGAUGUAAAAAUUAGUGAACAAACAGAGUGUGUUACGGCACAGAGGUCAGUCGCGAUGCAAGGAGACAGGAAUAAUCAGAAGAAAAUGACAUUUGAGAAAAGUACUGAACAUUCUGUAAUACGUGAAAAUAUUGGUAACGCGAGUCGUAGCGAAGAAGAGAAUCUAUAUAAAAAGUCACCAUUGCUGAAACGUAUAAAGUCUCUAUCAAAAGAUGACACGUUAGAAGAUUGCGAAAGCUUUUACGGUAGCGAUAAGGAAACAGACGAUGCAUUAAUAUUUUCGGACGAUACAGAAAUUGAUGUUGGUAGUUCCAGUUCAGAUGGAGAGGAUACUAAUUUAGGAGAGCAUGUUGAGCACCUCUUGGACAAGAUGAAAGUUGAGAGAUCUCGGCCAGUCAUGCAACAUAAAAUGGAAACAAAAGCUGUUCAUGAGAAACCGUUAUUCAAAAAUCCGAUGGUUGUCUCUCGAACAGCGUUAGAGAAAAAUAUUUUGGAAUUUGAACAGUUAGCACAAAUGAUGCUAUGCAGGAUGGAUGUUAUGUUGAUGAGUAUCAGUGGUAUCUCUAAUGAGAAAGAUCCUACUAAACGUCUUGAGAUAUUGAAAAGUGAGAUUAGUACUCUUGCCCCAGAUGCAGCAGCUUUAAUCAGUAAGGGAGACGGUUUAGUUAUGACGAUACAUAUGACUGAUCCUGCACGGGCAGAAAAAAUAAAAAAUGAACAUCAAGAUAAGCUGAGAAGCAAAUGGCACCAAGUUAUGGCGGAAAUUGAAACGCGCAGAAAACAAGCACAAAAAGCGGAAGAAGUUCUACGACAAUAUAAUAACAUAAUUACGGAAUUUGAAGACUGGUUUAGAGAUGUACCACUGAAGCUCGAACAGGCUAACAAUUAUGAGGGUCAAUUGGAAUCAAUCAUUGAAGAAUUUGAUGCAAAACAAGUACAAAUACAUAAGCUGAAUGAGUUAGCUGCAAAGUUGGAAAAAUUAAAUGUUGGCUAUUCGAAAUCAGUAUGCUGUAGCAUUAAUAGCAGUUGGCAAAAAGUUAGUUCACAGCUCAAGAGAUUCAGUGGUAGCAAAGACAAGGACAAACACGUGACUGAUAAGAAAGUAGAAUUGGAUAUUGGUGGCGUUAAUCCGCAAGAGUUUAUCGCACGCAUCAGCAAAUUGAGAGAAGCAAUAGCGACCGUAUCGCGAUCUUUGAAUUCUUUGCCACUGAAUGGUAAAGAUUACGAGCUGUUUACAAGCCAAGAAGAAUGCUUAAAGAAAAUUAAUAAUGCUUUAAAUAUUUUGAAGCCAAGUAUCGACGAAGUAAAUUACGUUUGCGAAAGCGUCACGCGGCAAGCCAAAAGAGAGCAGUCUGAUCAAAUAAAACAUUUAAGCGAGAAAUUGCAAGACGAAUGGACGGGCGUUAGUCAGAGUUACAUGGAAAGACAUAACCGAUGGAUUAAAUGUUACGAAAAAUGGAGAGAACUUCAUAACACAUGCCAGACAUUUUCGGAAUGGUUAGAUAAGAUGGAAGACGCUUUAAAGAAGUGUCACGUUUUCAGUCAUUCUAAAGCAAGUAAAACGAAAACUUUCGAACUAGAACAAGAAGUUUCAAGAAUGCAAAGAACGUUAAAUAAUAUUAAUAUAAUGAGUACAGAUAUAUCUAGCCGAGCUUCCACUGAAGAUGUAAUAGAAUUACAGAGUAUAAUCGAAAAUAUCAAGCACCGUUGGAACAAUUUAGUAACCGAAAUAAACGCGCGAAAGGAAAAGAACUUUGCCAUGGAGAGAAAAGUGAACAACGACGGCAGGAUUUUGGAAACGGCGUAUAAUAUCAUAGAACAAGUGAAUACUCUUUUAGUAUCUGCAGCAAAUCCUUCAGACGAAACCUCAUUAUCGAUCCGACUAUCGUUAAUUAAGGCGAGGGAAGAAGAACUCCUAUCUCGGAAAAGAACUUUGCAAACCUUAGUAAGUCAACAUAACGUUCCCAGAGAAGAAGACGAGAGCAACAAACUUCUCGCGGAUAUGGACAAGGCUAACGCAAAUCUUUCGAACCACCGCGAAUACGUGGAAUGCAAACUUGCAUCGCUUAGAAAAUACAUCUGUACCCUGGAUGCUGUUAUGGCAUGGGUUAUGGAGACACGAACGCGAUUGAGCAUUUCUCAAGACCUGCCGCAGCACGAGCGUAAUGAAGUGAUUAAAAAUAUUAUGUCUAAAGUUGAAGAUCGCGAAAUGGAAGUAAAAGAUGUGUUAGAAAACUACACUAAUCUGGAAAAGGAGUGUGAAUCAGCAAAACAACCGGUUUCUGUAGAAUUGCAGGAGAAGCUGAAGAAACUAAGAGAAGACUGGCAGUUCGUAAAGUGUUACGGCGAAAAUGAAGUUUCAGCUGCAAUUUCUAUCGGGACUACAUCAAAAGAAGUGGAAAGGAGUGUAGGCAUCGCAGCACAGGGGGCGGCGGGUGCAGCUGCAGGGGGUUCUCGGGGGCUGUCACCCUCUCCCGCCCCCUCGUCACCGUCGACCCCCGUAGCGACUAGCAGCCCCUCUGCUUCCGUCUCCUCGGCUUCGUCUUCACCGUCACCCUCUACUUCAGCUUCCGCCCUCGUCGCGGGACUCGAUAAAUCAGUGCUUCAGAUACGUGACUGGCUUACGGUCGAAGAAGAGAUGUUACGACAACAAUCUGUGGUCGUCGGCGAUGUCGAUGAAAUCUUGCAUCUUCUGGACAAACAGAAGAACGUCUUACGGGAGCUGGAGCAAAAGAAACCGCAAUUGGACGAGUUGGUUCACACGGCCGAGAACUUACGCGCCGACACGAAUCGACAGCAGUUGCAUGGCAAGGUCACCAAGCUGAGGGAGCACUGGGAUGAGACGAAUUCAAAAGUCAUGCAAAGGAAGACGCAGUUGGACAUGAUGCUGGGCGACAGUCAACGAUAUGAGGCGAAGAGAAACGAGGUGGAGGUCUGGCUAGCACGAAUGGAAACUAGACUCGAGAGAAUGCGAGCUGUGGGGCACACCGCCGACGUACUCGAGGCGCAGCUCAAGGAACAAAAGUCGUUUCAUGCCGAGCUGCACCAGUACAAACAUCACAUCGAACUUUUUAAUCAGCUCACUCAGAAGCUGAUAGCGGUUUAUCAGCAGGACGAUACGACACGGGUGAAGAAAAUGACGGAAACGAUCAACCAGAGAUACAACAAUCUCAAUACGAGCAUCAUCAAUCGAGGGAAACUACUGCACUCGGCGAUGAACUCGCUCCACAACUUCGACCGGUCCCUAGACAAGUUCUUGGCCUGGUUGAGUGAAGCGGAGUCCACGAUGGAGGGAUUGGAAGCGGAAGCCGAUCGACUGGGUGGACGACGAGACCAGGGCGCGCUCAGACGACCGCAACAUCAGCUUAAGGAUCUUCAGUCGGAAAUAGAAACGCACCGAGACGUUUACGCAUCUUUGAACGGUACCGGACGAAAAUUAUUGAGUUCCCUGGCGAGUCAAGAUGACGCUGUUAUGCUGCAACGUCGAUUGGAUGAAAUGAACCAGAGAUGGCAUCAUCUGAAAGCAAAGAGCAUGGCAAUCAGAAAUCGAUUGGAGAGCAACACGGAACACUGGAACGCUUUGCUACUAUCGUUGCGCGAGCUCAUCGAAUGGGUGAUAAGGAAAGACACAGAGCUCACCGGUCUGGGACCCGUUUGCGGCGAUGUGGCUGCUCUACAAAAACAACAGGACGACCAUCGUGGCUUCAGGAGGCAGCUGGAGGACAAACGGCCGGUCGUGGAGAACAAUUUGCUGAGCGGCCGCCAGUACAUCGCCAAUGAGCCUCCGCUGUCGGACACAUCGGACUCCGAAGCAGGCAGAGAAUUGGACGGUGAUUCCAGGGGAUAUCGAAGCGCCGAGGAGCAGGCGCGCGAAUUGACGCGGAGCAUUCGCCGCGAAGUGAAUAAACUUUCCGAGCAGUGGAACGCUUUAAUCGAACGUAGCGAUGCGUGGAAGCGGAAACUCGACGACACCGCUAACAAAAUAUGUGUCUUCCAAAAGUCCCUCGAGGAUCUCUCCUCGCGGAUGGCCGCGGCCGAGGCGAUCCAAAGCGGCUGGCAGAAUCCAAACGACGCCAACGAAGCGACGGAACUGCUCGAGCAGUUGCAGAAAUUCGGCGAACGACUGGUACCAAUCCAGAGGAACAUCGAGGACGCGAACGACCAGGCGAGCGUCUUCGCAUCGAGCAGCGUCAUCGUUUCUCACGCUCUACUGGCGAAACUCGAAGAUCUGAACACCAGGUGGAAGGUGCUGCAAGUAGCGGUUGACGAGCGUUACAAGUUGCUAAGCGGAUUCGGGAAGGAUGGCAGCACUCCGGGUAGUCAGGCUUUCCUCGCGAGCAGCGUAGAACCACCAUGGGAGAGAGCCCUCACACCCGCCAAAGUGCCUUACUAUAUCAACCAUCAUUUGGAGACUACGCAUUGGGAUCAUCCGAAAAUGAUAGAACUGAUGUCUUCGCUCGCGGAUCUAAACGAAGUUCGCUUUUCCGCUUAUCGAACCGCCAUGAAACUGCGUACCGUUCAGAAGCGACUGUGCCUGGACAUGUUGAGCCUUUCCACCGCGUUGGAACAGUUCGAUUCACACGGGCUUCGGGCGCAGAAUGACAAACUGAUCGACAUCCCCGAUAUGGUAACAGUACUGACAUCGCUGUACGAAGUAAUCGCAGCAGAUAAUCCAACGCAGGUGUCGGUACCUCUAUGCAUUGACUUGGCCAUCAACUGGCUGCUCAAUGUAUAUGAUAGCCAACGAACCGGUCAAAUUCGAGUACUUUCGUUCAAAGUCGGUUUGGUUUUGUUAUGCAAAGGACAUUUGGAGGAGAAGUAUAGAUAUUUAUUCCGUUUGAUUGCGGAUCCCAAUAGGCUGGUAGACCAACGAAAAUUAGGACUUCUGUUGCAUGAUUGCAUACAAGUGCCGAGACAAUUGGGCGAAGUCGCGGCAUUCGGAGGUUCGAAUAUCGAGCCCAGUGUUCGCAGCUGCUUCGAGAAGGCGGGAAAAGAUAAGAACGAGAUAGAGGCCGUGCACUUUUUGAGCUGGCUGCAGCAGGAGCCACAGAGUAUGGUCUGGCUGCCGGUAUUGCAUAGAUUAUCCGCAGCGGAGACCGCCAAACACCAAGCCAAGUGCAACAUAUGCAAGGAGUAUCCUAUUAUAGGAUUCAGAUACCGUUGCUUGAAAUGUUUCAACUUCGACAUGUGUCAGAACUGUUUCUUCUCAGGACGCAAAGCAAAAAAUCAUAAGCUGACGCAUCCGAUGCAAGAAUAUUGCACGGCGACAACCUCCGGUGAAGACGUGCGCGACUUCACGCGAGCGUUGCGCAAUAAAUUCAAGUCCAAACGAUACUUCAAGAAACAUCCCAGAGUUGGCUAUUUGCCUGUGCAAACUGUCCUAGAAGGAGACGCGCUGGAAAGCCCGGCGCCGUCGCCUCAACACAGCUCGCUUAGCCAAGAUAUGCACUCUCGUUUGGAAAUGUACGCCUCUCGACUCGCCGAGGUUGAGCUGUCGCGUACAAGAAGUAACUCCACGCCGGACAGUGAUGACGAACAUCAGCUGAUAGCGCACUACUGUCAGAGUCUGAACGGUGGCGACAAUAUUAACGUACCCAGAAGUCCGGUCCAAGUCAUGGCAGCGAUCGAUGCCGAGCAGAGAGAGGAGCUCGAGGCGAUGAUACGUGAAUUGGAAGAGGAGAACGCGACAUUGCAAGCAGAGUACGAAAGAUUACGCUCGAAGCAAACGCCAGGUUCAACGCCAGAGGACGGUCACAGUACUAGGCAACCUGAUUGCGACAUGAUUGCGGAAGCUAAGCUGUUGAGGCAGCAUAAAGGAAGAUUAGAAGCGCGCAUGCAAUUACUCGAGGACCACAAUCGCCAAUUGGAGGCACAACUGCAAAGACUUAGACAGCUUCUAGACGAGCCAAACGCUUCUUCGCCAUCGAAGACCGGAACUUUACAAACCCGAAGUGUGACAGCAUCACAAUUAGCAACUGACUCUCCAGCAAAAAUGAAUGGCCAUUAUCAUGAUUCUCCAGGUGGAGGAAGCUCAAACGAGGGCAGAGUCAGCAGUUUAGAGAGGCCACCGCCACCGCCGCAUUCUCACAGCGUUAGUCACAAUGUGGGCAAUCUGUUGCACAUGGCAGGGGACUUAGGAAAAGCUGUGGGCGAAUUGGUGACAGUCAUGACGGAGGACGCGUCGAAGACGAACGGGCAACGGGCGCCGCCGCCGGCGUUCAAAUAACAAUUGUAUCACGACAUUCGUCCCGUUAGAAGCUAGAAGUCGGCUAGAUCGAUGCUAGAUUUAUUCGACAUCCAAACGUUGUAAACGUUUAAUCGUAAUUAUCGACCAAUAACAAGUCUGGCUCUAAACGCAUAUCAGAGACGAAUACACGGUAUAUCUGCCGCGCAAAUGCAGGGUCAGGGGACUCGCCUCUCACGGUGGUUUUGGGUAUUUUAUAAGUUUUGAUAUACGUCAUUGUAUAGCUGAAUUAUAACGAUAAGACGAUUAUGGUUUGGCUUUUGGCGGUCCCCUGAGAGUAACUUUACUACAUAUUGACAUGUCAUAUCAUGAAAACUAAUCGUAAUGAGAAAUCAAUUGUUAUGCUUGCUAUAGCUAAACUAUACAAAACGAAUAAGAGAUAUAAUGAGUAUAAAAAAAAAAACACACACGGAAGGAAAUAUCAUUAACAAUGCAUGCAAAAGCAAUGUAUCAAAUCACAUAAUCUAUUAUAGAACGUAGCUUAUAUUUACAUACCCAUUCUGUUCACUGCCACGGGCUCUUCCUCGACGUAACUUACACAAUGUACAUGUUGCGAUUUUAGAUGAUGACACAUAAUGGGAAAUAGACAGUAUAUCCAUACCUGACCUUCUUGUAUUCGACGAUCUUGAAUUUUACAUCGAUAUAAUCACGAGACAGAGAAAAUCUUUUAUAAUGAAACAGAGCGACGCGCAUUACGACUUUUCAGAUUUAUUUUUUAUCCGGUUACAUGAUUUUUUUAGAUUUUCUAAAUGAAUUUAAACGGCAAUGUCUAUUAUUUUUAAGUCUGCCGGAUGUUAUUAUAUCUAAGAAUAUACUGAUAAGUACCUAAUCGAUAAACUGUAGGCUGUAUUCUGAUAUGUAACAAAGUUGUCUAGAAAAUACAUUCAUCACGAUAUUAUUGAAAUGUGGGCUCUCGCCGUGGUUCCGUUAUCGAGUGAUCAGUCUGCGAUUCGCUUCCUUGAGCGAGUGAUUUUUCUAUUUUGAAUGAAUUAAAUGCGCAGCAUAUUGUUUUUUCUUUUACACAUAUCACACGGAUGCCAUAUGUUAAUAAUGCUAUUGUAUCACUUCUGAUGAUGAGGUGGCUGAUGUUUGCGAAAUGUAAAAAAAAAACAUAUCUACGAAAAAACUAUCAUAUUUUACCAAUUCGAUAAACAUUGCGAAUGAACGUAAUGAAUUGUUAUUCACGUCGUUAGGUCACAAGAAGAUUGAUUUCACCUGACAGAGUGUAAAACGAUCGAAUAUGUUUCCGAGCUCCGUCUGUAGUUUGUUGAAAAAUUGUUGGUUUUGCGAUUUCAUACAUUAAAAUAUACCGCAUUAAGGGGAUCCUAAACCAAAGGCCGAACUCCGAAAAUGUCGAUAAUUUCGAUCAUUUUCUAUGUUACCGGCCUAUGUCUGUCCUUGUAUAGAUGAAAAUAUAGACAAGGAUUGAAAAGUUAUAGUACCUACAUUGCACGAUAAUAGAUCUACACGCAUAACUUUUUUGUUACAGAUCUAAUCCUAAUUCUGAGAACCAUAUUUCUUGAUGUAAUUCACCCUCCAUGACGGUCUCAUUUUGUAACAACAAAUUGUACAAUUUUUAUACGAAGAAAAUGGUGUCACGAGUCGACGUCUUAUUGUCUGCAUUUCUGAAAUUAUUUUCGUUCUCGGUAUAAAAUCGACCGUCGUGGAAAGCAUUAGCACAUAUAUGUGCUAAUUUAACUUUUUUUAAAGGAUUUUUAAAUCCAUAAAAUCAAUAAAAAGAUAUGCGUUUAGUAAAAAUGUCGGUAUUACAGACGGCUUUAGGAUUCCCUUAAAAUUUAGAGGAUUAGGCAUAUAAAAAUAAAGUUAUAUACUGCGUACAACAUCAAACAGGUAACUACGUUACUUGUAAUAUAUUGUAAUAUGACUGAAAUGAUAUGGGACAAAAUGCUUAAAUAAAAAUAACAUGAAUAUAAA